AACGAUUAAAUUGAUUAAAUUGAUUCGAAUUUUUUUUCUUUUUCAAGGUAUCCCCAGAUCCAUUCAGUUAAACAUUUAGGGAAUUUAGUUCGCAUUUAUAUUUUCCUCGAUUGAUAUUUGUUUUAUUUUUUUUUAAUAAAAAAAAAAAUUCAUAUAAUUAAGGGACUACUAUUUGUAAAAGAAAAUUUUUUUUUAUCAGAUGUGAUACGACUGUAAAAGUUUUACAUCAGAUAAAUUAUAUUUAAAGGGUCAGAUUCCGAUUUCCUUUUAACUGUUUUUUAAACAAAACAAAGUUACCCCUUGAAAAAAUUGCCCAGCACGUUCUCCAAUCUACUUUUUUCACUACACAAUCCUCACAGAGGACAGAAAAAUAGCAGCAAAUACAAAAUUAAUCCUCUAUAAUAUGCCUCCAAACAUAACUGACUCACUUCCCCUUGGACCUGUUCCAACGUAUAAAGUUAUCUCCCCGAAUGUCCGCUACACCGAUAUGCAUAUUCUUGCGGACUAUACUUAUCAUAAUGCCACCGUCUCUAAAAACGAGAUUGAUGGUACUUUAAAAGUUAUUCCGACCGAAACAAAAUACAAAUUUAAGACCGAAGUUAACAUCCCUAAAGUGGGGUUAAUGAUGGUUGGAUGGGGAGGUAAUAAUGGCUCCACCUUAACCGCGAGUAUUAUUGCUAACCGUGAAAAAAUUUCGUGGCACACCAAGGAAGGUCUUAAAUCUGCCAAUUAUUUCGGUUCAGUCGUUCAAGCUUCCACUCUCAAAAUAGGUGUAGACACUAAAGGAAAUGAUGUUUUCAUUCCUUUUAAUAAUAUAUUACCAAUGGUUCAUCCCAAUGAUCUUGUACUUGGUGGUUGGGACAUAAGCUCUCUCAAUCUCGCACAAGCUAUGGAACGUGCUAAAGUUCUUGAUUAUGAUCUUCAACGUCAAGUCAAACUGAAACUCGAACAACUAAAACCGUUACCUUCUAUUUAUUAUCCUGAUUUUAUUGCCGCUAAUCAGAGUGAUCGUGCUGAUAAUCUUAUUUCUGGAAAUAAUAAAAAAGAACACCUUGAACAAAUUCGUAAAGAUAUUCGUGAGUUCAAAGCAGCCAAUCAGCUCGAUAAAAUCAUUGUCGUCUGGACUGCUAAUACUGAACGUUAUGCUGAAAUUAUCCCAGGCGUGAAUGAUACAGCAGACAAUAUUCUGAAAGCUGUUGAAAAUAGUCACCCGGAAAUUGCACCAUCCACAAUUUUCGCUUUGGCUUGUAUUCUUGAAAAGACUCCCUUCAUUAAUGGAUCACCUCAAAAUACGUUUGUCCCCGGCUGUAUUGAACUUGCAGAACGUGAACAUGUUUAUAUUGGAGGAGACGAUUUUAAAUCUGGCCAGACAAAAGUCAAGUCUGUUUUGGUUGACUUUUUAGUGAAUGCUGGCAUUAAACCAAUUGGGAUCACGUCUUAUAAUCAUCUUGGCAAUAACGAUGGUAAGAAUUUGUCUGCACCACAACAAUUUCGAUCAAAAGAAAUUUCAAAAAGUAAUGUUGUUGAUGAUAUGGUUGCUGCCAAUGGAAUCCUUUUUAAACCUGGCGAACAUCCCGAUCAUGUUGUCGUAAUUAAGUAUGUACCAGCAGUCGGUGAUUCAAAACGAGCUCUUGAUGAAUAUGUAUCAGAAAUUUUCAUGGGUGGAAAGAAUACAAUUUCAUUAUAUAAUACAUGUGAAGAUUCGCUCUUGGCUUCUCCACUCAUUUUGGAUUUGGCCAUUAUCACCGAAUUAAUGACACGCAUUGAAUAUUGUGCCGGAGAUAUGAAAGAAUAUGAAUCUUUCGAUGCAGUUUUAUCCAUAUUGAGUUUCAUGUUAAAAGCUCCUUUAGUACCACCAGGAACUCCAGUUGUUAAUGCCUUAAGCAAACAGCGUAUGGCAAUGGAAAAUUUUUUCCGUGCAUGUGUUGGAUUGGCUCCCCAAAACGAAAUGCUUUUGGAGCACAAAGCUCCAGUUAAAAUUUAACUUGCCCGAUCUAGUGGUAUAAAAAAUUUCUGAUUGUGUUUGGAUAUUUCAUUCUUACCCUAUUUAAUAAAAUGAUUAUUUAUGAUUGUGUUCGAUAACAUUAUUUGAAUUAAUGAUUUGAUCAUGAGAUUUGGCGGGGCUAACCGUAGUUACAAUUUAGGUAUAGAUUUUCAACUUGCAAUAAAACUGAUAUCAAAAAGGCAAUAAAAUGUGCGACUCUGUCAUUAUUAUGUAAGUUUUGCUUUUAAUAACAGAAAAAAGUGAUGCAGGAGGACUCUUUUUUUGGCAUUAAUGUUCUAGAUUAUCUGUCUAAUUAAUGACGUUUAAUAUCGUAUCUUUAAUCUAAAGUUCUAUUUUUUUUUUGGUUAGAUUGUAUUAAUU